AUGGAGAACAACCCCUACGACAUCGCAUUGCAGCUUGAGGCAGCCGCUGCCCAACUCCGCGCCAUCGGCACCCUCCCAGAGACUCAACGCGAUGGACCCAUCAAGCAAGCUAUGGAAUAUAUGCUGGGGCAAGUCUGCGAUGUUCAGGCACAUACAUACAAACUUUCUGAGAUGAGAAUGGGUCAUAUGCGCGACGUCAAGACGAAUGAGCCUAUCGCCGACUUUCCAUUACGAGCAAAAGACUUCCGCAAUCUGGAUUCGGAAAGUAGUUUCCAUACCAAGGAAAUGGCGACUGCGCUCGGAGAGAUCAACCCGAACCCGCCUCGAAAGCCCCAGACUUCACCAUCUACUACCAAAUCGAAGGCGACAUCAGCACUUCGAGCGAAGCAAGAGACGCGCAAGUUUCGCGGCACUUCCACCCCCGACCCGGCUCUUGACAUCGACAUGGACGAGUUCACAUCCUUCACACAGUACCUGCGAUCAUCGAAACGUGUUCUAGCCCUCGUGGGUGCUGGCUUGUCGGUUGCUUCGGGGCUUUCGACGUUUCGCGGCGAUGACAAAAGAUGGAGAGGCAUGGAGCCUCAGGAGCUUUCGAAUAUCGACGCCCUGUCGCAGGACCCGGUGAAGGUAUGGUGGUUCUUCAGCGAUCGGAUGAAGCGUGCGCAAGAGGCAAAGCCAAACCGGGGGCACAUCGCGCUUGCGAAACUCGCAAAGGAGAAGAGUGGAUUUUUCGCGAUCAAUCAAAACAUCGAUGGCCUGUGUCAACGAGCGGGCAUACCCGACGAGCAGGUAGCGCAAGUACACGGCACCUUGUUCGAGAUGAAAUGUAGCAAGCACGCCUCAGAAUCUACCGACCGUUGCGACUACAACACGCCCGUCUCCUAUCCUGCCACCGAGGCGCUCACGAUCACAUCCGACAUCAGCGACGCGUCCGUCCCUCUGCCUCCUCUCGAUCAUACCCAGCUCCCUCAUUGCCCACGGUGCGACAGCCUCAUGCGACCGAGCGUCGUGCUCUUCGGCGAAAGCCUAUCAAGCAAUCUCACCGAGGCUAUACACUCCUUCAUCUCUUCUGCGCCUCUUGACUUGUUGCUCGUAAUCGGUACGAGUGGCGUCGUGCUUCCGGCUGCGAUGUACAUACCCAAGGCUCGGAACGCUGUCCUGAAAGCAUUCGAGAAGGCUUUGUGCGAUGUCGUCAGUGCAGCAGACAGCGCAGCGCGCCUGGACGCUACCGCCGGCGGUGUCAAAUAUCACCAAUCCCCUCGCGGUCGCUCUGGCUUUGUACCCAAUCCAAGAGGUAAGGCAUACGCCCUAGUCUCGUACCUGGUACCAGAGAGACUCGUCACUAUUACCCAGCUCUGCCAAACUGUUCAUGGCCACAUUCGCAUGGACGAUGCGAGCGCAAAAGCCAAUCUUCUUUCCAAGACACUGUGCUCCGGAUUCGGUUCGUUCGUCAGGAUGUCUACUCAUUGCCCCUGUCCAGCGAAGACAUUCCAUCCUGUGAUGGUUUGCUCGAAAGGUGGAUUUGGAACAGAGUCAAACCCGUGUGUGGGAUGUGGUGUCAACACUUGCGACGAGUGCCGCAUCCAUGUUUUCUACAACUUCAUGACAGACGAUUCUGGGCUCGAUCAGCGUCGAUGGUGGGCAGGCUACUACUUCCUCAACCCCAUGGCUGUUGCAGUAUGUCCACCUAAGAACUCCGAUGGCAGCGCCUGGCAUCUACCUGUCAAGGAGAUGCUACCUCGCCAUGACCAGGGCCGCGUGCACAUUCCUCUAGCGAUCGGUGCUCUAGGCGAUCCCGAGCCGAUUGAGCCGAUUCUCGAUCUGAAUUUGGGCACCCACCAGUUCAUCAGUCCCCGUGGGCGUACACAAUUCCCCUACUCUGGCAAUAACAUCGUCUCAUUUCUCAAUCUGACUGUCAACAAGCGCAAAGACCUCGCAUGCCCUUCCUGUUACCUGGAACGCCAGAAUCAAGGUGUGGCGCCUUGUUCCUGCACCCUACGGAAGCGCUUCCUAGACCGAUGGUUGUGUAUGCACUGCUACAUCGAGGAGGUAAACGUUGAUGAACAGCUGCGCCGCCAUGUUGUAAAAGCAAGCGAGGUCGGACAAGGCCACAUUCAUGUGUGUGGCUGCGGAACGGAGUUCACACCAGACAUCAUGCCAAAAGUCAUGUGCAACUGGUGCAAAGGCGAGAUCGCAGAGCUCGAGCAGGGCACCGAGGAUGAUGCCACUAGUGAGAACGCCGAAGACAACAGCGAAGAAGAAGAAGAGGAACUCGAGAACGGAGAUGACGAGGAGGACCAUUCGGCGGCUGACUUUGCGGGUCUGCCUCUGGACGAGUUUGGCUACGCUGAGAACCGCGACGGGUCUCUUUCGGUGUACGUAAACGGCGAGUGCAUCCGUGGAGAACGUUUGGGACGAGCUAUGAUCCGCCAGUGGAAGAGAAUCCAGGGUGAGCACGUUGAAUGUACUUGCUGUAUCUGCGACGAGAAGGACUCUAUGCAUGCUCACGCGGGGGAUGGAUCAGAAGACGAGGACGUGUACGGAGACGAGGACGAAGAUGGCCACAAUGACGAUGACGAUGAUCUACCAGAUCUGGAAGACGUCGAGUCAGCUGCUGGCUUCGAAGAUCCAUGGGGACUGGACUAA